AUGGCCGCGUCGUCGUCGUCGUCGGUGACGGUGGAGGGCGUCGUCUUGCCGCCAGUGGCCUGCCCGCCGGGCUCCAGCAGGAAGCACUUCCUCGCCGGCGGAGGUGUGCGAGGACUAAUGGAGGCUGAAGGCAACUUCGUCAAGAUCGCGGCCAUCGGCGUGUACCUGGAGGACGCCGCCGUGCCGGCGCUGGCCGGCAAAUGGGCCGGCAAGACCGCCGACGAGCUCGCGUCGGACCCCACCUUCUUCCGCGACGUUUACACCGGCGAGUUCGAGAAGUUCACGAGGGUGACGUUCAUCUGGCCGAAGGCCGUGGCCGCCGAGGAGUUCGCGGCGAAGGUGAUGGAGAGCCGCGUGGCGUACCUGAAGGCCACCGGCGCGUACACGGACGCCGAGGCCGCGGCCGUUGAGGAGUUCAAGGCGGCCUUCAAGAGCCAUAGCUUGGCGCCGGGCGCGUCCGUCCUCUUCACCCACUCGCUCGCCGGAGUCCUCACCGUCGCCAUCUCCGAUGACUCGUCGGCGCCGGGCGCCGGCAUCGCUGCCAUAGAGAACAAGCCGCUCUGCGAGGCGGUGCUGGAGUCCAUCAUCGGGGAGCACAGCAUCUCGCCGGCGACCAAGCAGAGCAUCGCGACGAGGGUGCCAGAGAUCCUCAAGGGCGGAGCGUGAAUUCACAACUGUCCUAUAUACGGCUAUACAUGAUCCAUCAAACAGAUGCUACACGCCUGCACCUGUCGUCUGCCGUGUUGUGUUAAUCGUUUCAGUGUUUGUCCGUGGUGGUGAAACUUGUCUUGUUCCGAUUGCGCGUGCCCAUGGGCAACCUGAAUACUCCGGAUGCUAGCGCAUACCGAAAUUUAACUGUGAUUACCUGUUGCAAGCUGAGGUUAUGGAUGUCACAUGUA